AUGAACCCCUUCGUGAAGAUGAAUCUGAAGCUUAAUAUGUUUGGAAACGGCUCUCUCGCUCAGCAAGUGAUCUUCAGAGGAAUCAGAUUUUACAGCACGAAGCCCCUGGAUAUGAAGAAGUUGAAGCCCAUGAUCCUGAAGCGGAUUGAGGAACGGUCCAAGGAUUAUCCGAUCAGAGCUAUGAUUCCGGUGGCCAAUGAGGUUCUACGGGCUCGAGCCGCCCUAUACGACGGCGUAUCAACACUCGUCCAGCAUAUUCCCGUCUGGGCUUGCAAAUACUGCUCUGAAGUUUUUAUAGGCGAAAGUGGUCACUUAAUUCAUACUUGCCAAGGCUUCCGCCAUCAUGCAAAGAACAAGGCCCAUAACUGGGUUAAAGCAACUGUAAAAGACAUAAUUGUCCCCGUACAAACCUUUCAUCUUCAGAGAAUGUUCCAGAAUGUGAUCGAACACAAUGAAAGGUUCGAUUACGACCGGGUUCCAGCUGUCAUUGAGCUCUGCCUGCAAGCAGGCGCAAAUAUCAACAAUGAAGAUAUUACCAAACCCUAUAAUCUUGAAAACAACGCUACCAAUUCCGAAAACUUAUCACAAGCUGAUCUGAGGUCAGUUGGCACAAGAACCCUUCAUGCCUGGGAGGCCCUCCGGUCGGGAGUUCACAAGCUCUUAAUGGUAUAUCCAGCUAGGUUCUGCAAACACUGUAAUGAAGUGCAUGUGGGCCCAUCGGGACACAAGGCCCGAACGUGUGGAGUGUUCAAGUAUGACAAUUUUCGCGGGGGCCAUUUUUGGGAGAAGGCGAAGGUGGAUAAUUUGGUGCCCCAGAAAGUUGUUUGGAUCAAGCGGAGGCAAGAUCCACCUGUACUUGUCGAUAAGGGACGGGAAUAUUAUGGGCGGGCUCCUGUUGUGGUGGAUUUAUGCAGUAAGGCGGGUACAUUGGUCCCGUCUAGAUACUUUUGUAUGAUGAAAUUGGAUGGAUUGACUGCUCCAAGUUGA